AUAAUUUAAUUUAGUUGAAAUUAAAAGAGAAAAAGAAAAACGAAAAAACAAAUUUCUCUAAAGAAUCAUCACCUUCUUCUUCUUCUUCUUCCUCCUCUGUUUUCUCUCUCUAAAUCCAUGGAUCCUUCUCUGCCUCCUCCUCCGUUCACUGCUUUUCCUCCCUUCACCAACUCCAACUCGAACCCUUUCCCCCCUCCCCAACACCCCUUCUCCUCGGCCGUCGCGCAGCCUAACAACAACCAGUUCUUUCAACCAUCGCCGCCAGUUCCUUCUCAUCCAUCCGUUAACCACCCUCAUUACUCCGAAAUGAUUUGCAGUGCGAUCUCUGCUUUGAACGAACCAGACGGGUCAAGCAAGCAAGCGAUUUCGAGGUACAUCGAGAGAUUCUACACGGGGAUACCUCCUGCUCAUGGCUCUUUGCUGACUCACCAUCUCAGGACUCUCAAGAACAGUGGUGUUCUCGUCAUGGUGAAGAAAUCUUACAAACUCGCAGCUGCUGCUCUUGAACCUCCCAGAUCUGAUGUCAACGAGACCCAACAGUUACCUGAUCCGGCCGCGACUUCUGCUCCCCAAACUCAAACUCAAACUCAGAAGCGUGGUCGUGGUCGACCUCCAAAGGCAAAACCCACCUUGGAACAGAACCAGUUAGUUGUUUCUGAGCAGAUGCAGGCUCAGCCGCCGCCAGUUAAGAGACCACCAGGUCGUCCUAGGAAAGAUGGAGCUUUGCCGACAGUGAAGGCUUCCGUUUCCGGCGGUGAGGAAAUUGCGAAGCGAAGAGGUCGGCCACCAAGUGGAAGAGCGGCGGGGAGGGAGAGAAAGCCAGCGGUGGUGCCGGCUCCGGUUUCGGUGUUUCCUUACGUUGCUAACGGUGGUGUUAGACGCAGAGGGAGACCGAAGAGACUUGACGCAGGUGCUUCUUCUGUUGCACCACCACCUAAGGCAGAGGGUGGGGGAGAGCAGGUUGCCAAGAGAGGACGAGGACGGCCUCCUAAGAUCGGAGGUGUGAUCAGGAAGGCGAUGAAGCCAAAGAGAGGCUAUUUUCGUACUGGAAGACCCGUAGGAAGACCCAGAAAGAAUGCUGCUUCAAAGGGUGCUUCCGGACAACAAGAUAUUAGCUUUGGUGAACUCAAGAAGAAGUUUGAAUUGUUUCAAGAGAAAGCUAAGGAAAUUGUUAAUGUGUUGAAAGCUGAGGUCGGAGGAAGUGAUAAUCAAGCUGUGGUUCAAGCUAUACAUGACUUGGAAGAGCUAACGGUAACAAAAAGGGAGACAACAGAGGAGCCACGCCACAUGGAAGACGUGCAGCCAGAUGAACUAUACUUUGAAAAUGAACCCCAGCCCGACGGACAUGGACAUGGGCAGGUGCAGACAGAAACAGAGGCUAUGCAAGAAGCUCUGUUCUGAAAAGAGCCGCCUUGGCACAACUUUGUAAAAGCUAGCAAGUGGUGGUGAGUUUGUUCGUCGUGUGUUCCAUGGAUUUUUUUAAUCUUAAGGGUGUUUGGAGGAGAGAAAACAGAGAAAAAUGAUGAUGACUGUGUCUCUAACCAAACAACAAGGAGAGGUAGGGUAAUGUCUGUAAAGUGAUUAGGAUGUUGCCAUUGUUCAUGUACCAUCUCUCUGUUUUUCCAGGGUCCGUAUCUGUGUAGGCUUUUGCUUUGUUCCCUCAUGUUUCUUAGACUCUGUUUUGCUUAUUUUAUUUGGUCUCUUAGCCUUGUAGGAGUUCAUGUUUCUAAUAAACGUUACGUAAUUUUUAUCUUCA